CUUGUGGCAUCGUUUGUUUCCUUCUCUGCUCUAUUCUCCUUCGUUCGAUCAUCUGCGACAGUUGUUUAGUGUUGUUCGCGCAGCAUAAGGUGAAGGACAGCUGUUGUGAAACCGGGCAGAAAAGAAGGUCAGCAGAUUAGAGGAGGAGUAAAAGGAAAUCCAGAGCAUCAGCAGCAGCAGCAGCAGUCGCCGCCGCCGACCGAGACAGGAAAACGAGCGAGAGAGAGCGCGCGUGUGUGUUCGGCACGAAUUAGAUGUGGUCUGGUCUCGUGUUACAGAUAUAAUAAACCUUUGAGUGGAUCACUUUUUUCGUUUAUUUCGGUUCGAUUAGUGACAUAUGGAAGAUCUUCCCUGAAAAGAUUUUGGGCAAACUCUGCAUUCGGUGAAGAUAAUCUUUGAUACUCUGCGGAUGAGCAGAUGUUAAAACCAGCAUUGUCUAGUACUGUUUCGCCGAAACUAAUUGGAUUUCGUGAAUGAUUUAGAGCAGUUAAUUUUAUAAAGAACACACGGUGCUGUGGGGUGCAUGUGAAUAGUUAAUGUAUUGGAAGAAAACUUUAAUAGCUCGAGUGGGUGAGGUAUAAGGGAGAGCUAGAACAUAUACAGUUGCGUCAUAAUUCGUUAAAAUUACUGAGCGAAACAGCGGAAGCUCUAUAAUCAGCUUGUUUUCUUGAGAUAUUCGCCUCUGGAUUAAGAACCGAACCACGGAAGUGUAGCGAGGCGUUGCAAACGAGAGAAAAUAACAUCUGCUUCGGGGAAGCAAAGAGACAGGAAGCACAAAACCGUACACGCAAAGGUGCACCCGGUUGGUGACGGUAGCAGCAGAAUCAGCAGCAACAAACUGGGCUAAGCACACAUACACACACCACCGGAAAAGUGGAGAGACAGAAAAACAGCGCGCAGACGUCAUACGGUGUCGGUUCCCAAAAUCGUGCCGCAGCUCGUACUUUGUUGACCUACUCCGGUGAGCGAGCGUCAGGCGCCGCGUUCGAGGGCACGUGUUCUUUCGUUAUCGUUAUCGUGAUUAAUUAGUCGAAGAUUCCAGCCAGGUGUAAUCCCCCCACCAGCAGCAGCAACCGCAGCAUGCAGGUAGAAAGUGCUACAAAGUGGCGCGUUCCGCCGCUGGACCUGUCAGCCGUCAGUGUGCUCUCGAACGAAACCGACCGGCGCUGGAACAGCGGCCACCACCACCACCGCCAUCACCAUCAUCAUCCGCAGCACAUGCCGCAUCUUCAGCCACACCUCCACGCGACAACAGGUUCCACCGGACCAACACCACCGCCACCCCCGCCGAAAAAGAUCCAGUACGGUGCCGAUGGAUUGCCGAUCGAUCCGCGCGAUUGGACCCGCGCCAACGUCUGGACCUGGCUGAUUAACCUGGCCCAAUCGGAAGGGCUGGAUAUUAGCCCGGAGCUGGCGCAAAAGUUUCCCAUGAACGGCAAGGCGCUCUGCCUAAUGAGUCUUGAUAUGUAUCUUACCCGAGUGCCGGUGGGCGGCAAGAUGCUGUACCGUGACUUUCGGGUGCGGUUGGCUAGAGCUAUGAGUUUGUAA